AUGGAGUGGCGAAGAGUGAAGAAGGGGCUUGUUCUACUUUGCUUUGUCUGUUGUCUUACAGGAUUUGAAGCUAAAGGUGUGGAGUUCUCGAAGAAGAAUGAGAGAAGGGUUCCCAAUGCCUUAUCUGAGAUGAGAGGUCCUGGUUUUCUCUACACCAGAGAUACAGGACGAUGCACCCCUCAAUAUUGGAGCAGCAGAAGAGAGGCAUGGCCAAAGUCACUACCUCAGGAUUCCUCAGUUUCAAAGGUUUUUGGAUCAAUGCUGUUGGAGAGGUAUGAACCAAAACUUACAUUGUUGGAUGUGAUUCAGAGGAAUGAUGAUACUGGUGGCAGUAUUUUCAUCAAAUUAGUGAAGCAAGCAAGCACUGCACUUCUUAAUUCAUACACAAGGCCUGGCUAUCCUUACAACCCUUGGGAAGUGAAGGCUCUCCUCUUAGAGGCUAUUCUCUCAGAGGAGGAUGCAGCUUCACAAGCUGAAGUUUUCUCACAGGCUAAUCAUGGCUGCUCUUAA